UUUCCCUUCCAGCUACGUGUUGACAUCGUACCCAAAACCUCGGAAAAUUUCCGCGCCCUGUGUACAGGCGAAAAAGGCUACGGCUAUAAAGGUUCCACCUUUCAUCGUGUUAUACCGAAUUUUAUGUGUCAAGGUGGGGAUUUUACAGCGCACAAUGGUACCGGUGGCAAAUCGAUUUAUGGCGCCAAAUUUGAUGAUGAAAAUUUCGUAUUGAAACAUACGGAGGCCGGUACAUUAUCGAUGGCAAAUUCUGGACCCAAUACAAAUGGUUCACAAUUUUUUGUGACAACUGUAAAAACUACAUGGCUGGAUAAUCGUCAUGUAGUAUUCGGGCGUGUCGUUGAGGGCUUGGAGAUUGUCAAGAAAAUCGAAUCGAUGGGUAGUCAAUCGGGUAAAACCUCCAAGACAAUUGUCAUAAGUGAUUGUGGUCAACUUUAAG